AUGUGUGUUGACUAUACAGAUCUCAACAAGCACUGCCCUAAAGAUCCUUUUCCUCUCCCGCGCAUUGACUGGGUUGUUGAUUCUACAGCCGGGUGUGCACUCCUCUCUUUUCUUGAUUGCUACUCAGGCUACCAUCAGAUCGCUUUGAAGAAGUCGGAUCAAGAGAAGACCUCCUUCAUUACGCCCUUUGGGGCGUACUUCUACAACGCCAUGACAUCCAGCCUCAAUAACGUGGGUGCUACCUACCAGGAGGCCAUCCAGAAAUGCCUCCAGGGGCAGAUCGGGUGCAACGCCGAGGCCUACAUAGAUGACAUCAUCAUCAAAAUAAGGUCCAAUGAUCAGUUCAUUGCCGACCUCCAAGAAACAUUUGAAAAUCUCAGGAGAUUCAAAUUGAAGCUAAACCCCACCAAGUGCGUGUUUGGCGUCCCGUCCGAGAAGCUACUCAGCUUCAUCGUAAGCAGCCGGGGCAUCGAAGCUAACCCAACGAAGAUCAACACUAUCAGAUUCAUGAAGCCACCCAGGUGCAAGAAGGAUCUGAUGAAGCUUACAGGGUGCAUGGCGGCCCUGAGCUGGUUCAUCAGCCGGCUAGGCGACAAAGGCCUGCCCUUCUUCAAACUUCUCAGGAAGUCAGACAAGUUCGAGUGGAACGAGGAAGCUGCCGUAGCAUUUCAGCAGCUCAAAAACUUCCUCACAACUCCACCCGUCCUCACAACUCUAGAAGAUGGGGAGACGCUACUCCUCUACAUCGCAGCAACCACGCACGUGGUCAGCACCGCCCUAGUCGUCGAACGAGACGAGCCAGGCCAUGUCUACAAGGUACAGCGACCCGUCUACUUCAUUAGUGAAGUACUCGGCGAGUCCAAGCUGCACUACCCCCAGGUGCAGAAACUCCUCUACGCGAUACUCAUCACGUCUAGGAAGUUGUGCCACUACUUCCAGGCGCAUAAUGUCAAGGUGGUCUCCUCCUUCCCACUCGGCGAUAUACUUCACAACAGAGACACCAACGGCUGGGUCAUCAAGUGGUCGGUGGAGUUAGGGGCCCUAUCCAUCGAGUUCCUCUCUCGCUUCACCAUCAAGUCACUGGCCCGGCCGACUUCAUCGCUGAGUGGACAUAGAUCCAAGACCCACCACCCGAUGAACGACCCGAGCAUUGGAUCAUGCAUCCUCUUCAUCUCCCCGAGAAGUGAGCAGCUAAAGUAUGUCCUACAGCUACUCUUCAAGGCCACCAACAACGCGGCCGAAUACGAGGCUCAUAUCCACGGUCUCAGGAUCACUACCUUCCUUGGCAUUAAGAGGCUCCUCGCAUACGGCGACUCCAAUGUCAUCAUCCAGCAAGUUAACAAGGAUUGGGACUGCACUGUGGAGAAGAUGGACGACUACUGCAAGGAGAUACGCAAGGUAGAGGCCUACUUCUACGGCCUGGAAUUCCACCACGUCCUCCGGGACUACAAUGUGGCAGCCGACAUACUCUCCAAGCUUGGCUCCAAACGGGCACUCAUCCCAGCCGGAGUUUUUGUACAGGCUCUCAACUUCCCCACUGUCAAGAUCGAAGAAGAACCUCCCACUAAGCCUGACCUAGCACCAGCCCCAGGCCAGGAAGUACUGGUCACCGAUCUAGAUUGGCGAGCCCCGAUACUCGACUUCAUCAUCAACAACAAGUCCUAUCCGAAGUACAAGGAGCACGAGAGACUCGCCCGUCGAACCGCAAACUACGUCGUCAUCGGAAUCGAGUUGUUUAGGCACUCGGCCUCCUCGAGAACCCUUUCCAAGUGCAUCUCCCAGCAAAAUGGAGUUCGACUGCUCGGCGAGAUCCACUCGGGAAUCUGCGGAAACCACGCAGGAGCAUCAACCCUGGUUGGCAAAGCUUUCAGAUCGGGCUUCUACUGGCCGACGGCCCUGGCUGACGCCCAGGCCAUCAUCAGACAAUGCCCAGGGUGCCAGUUCUUCUCUAAGCAGCAGCACGUCCCGACUCAGGCCCUGCAGUGGAUUGAGGUGAAGCCGGUCUCAUCUACGUCAGCAGCCAAGGCAGCCGAGUUCAUUGAAGAAAUAACGCACAGGUUCGGAGUGCCCAACCGGAUUAUCACAGACUUGGGCUCCUCCUUCACCGAAUCAGAAUUAUGGGACUUCUGCCAGAAGAGCUGCAUAGAUAUAUACUACGCCUCCGUGGCUCACCCACGAUGCAAUGGCCAGGUGGAACGGGCCAACAGCUUGAUCCUUCAGGGGCUCAAAGCUAGGAUCUUUGAUCCGAUCGAAAAAUAUGGCUCCAAAUGGAUCCAAGAACUACCCAAAGUAGUAUGGGGGCUGCGCACGCAGAGAAGUCGGGCCACCGGCUACUCCCCCUUCUUCAUGGUCUACGGUUCUGAGGCUAUCCUCCUGACGGACAUUGCCUUUGGUGCUCCGCACACCCAGAACUACGAUGAAGGCGAGGCCAAAACAACUCGGCGAAGUGAUCUCGACUCGGCCGAGGAGCACCGUCUAACGGCAUCCAUCCAGCAUGCCCGGUAUGAGCAGCAGCUCCAUUGUUAUCAUGACAAAAACGUCCAACAGCGCGACUUCAACGUCGGCGACCUAGUACUCCGACCGGUCCAGUCCACUGGAGGCAAGCUAACUUCCCCAUGGGAAGGCCCCUUCAUCGUGAGCAGUGUAGUCAUCCCAGGAACCUACAGGCUCCAGCGCAAAGAUGGAGCGGACGUGGGCAACCCAUGGAACAUCGAGUACCUUCAUCGCUUCUAUCCAUAG